UCCGGCGCCGCCUCAGGGAGCCGCCCGGGCCGAGGCGAAGCGAGAGGCUCAGCCCCGCUCCGGCGCCGCUCCUGUCCCGCUGCCGGCGGCCGGGCCGCUCCGCCGGCCUCCCCCCACCCCGCCGCCGCCAUGGGUUGCACGCUGAGCGCCGAGGACAAGGCGGCGGUGGAGCGGAGUAAGAUGAUCGACCGCAACCUGCGGGAGGACGGCGAGAAGGCGGCCAAGGAGGUGAAGCUGCUGCUGCUCGGUGCUGGAGAAUCUGGGAAGAGCACCAUUGUGAAGCAGAUGAAGAUCAUCCAUGAGGAUGGCUACUCAGAGGAGGAGUGCAAGCAGUACAAAGUGGUUGUCUACAGCAACACCAUCCAGUCCAUCAUUGCCAUCAUCAGAGCCAUGGGCAGGCUAAAGAUAGACUUUGGGGAGGUUGCCAGAGCUGACGAUGCCCGGCAGCUCUUCGUGCUGGCUGGCAGUGCAGAGGAGGGGGUGAUGACCACGGAGCUGGCUGGGGUGAUCAAGAGGUUGUGGAGAGAUGCUGGGGUCCAGGCCUGCUUCAGCAGAUCCAGGGAGUAUCAGCUCAACGACUCAGCCUCCUAUUACCUGAACGACCUGGACAGGAUCUCCCAGCCCAGCUACAUCCCCACGCAGCAGGACGUGCUGCGCACCCGGGUGAAGACCACCGGCAUCGUGGAGACUCACUUCACCUUCAAGGACCUCUACUUCAAGAUGUUUGACGUCGGUGGGCAGCGCUCAGAGAGGAAGAAGUGGAUCCACUGCUUCGAGGGGGUCACAGCCAUUAUCUUCUGUGUGGCCCUCAGUGACUAUGACCUGGUCCUGGCUGAGGAUGAGGAGAUGAACCGGAUGCAUGAGAGCAUGAAGCUGUUUGACAGCAUCUGCAACAACAAGUGGUUCACAGACACCUCCAUCAUCCUCUUCCUCAACAAGAAGGACCUCUUUGAGGAGAAGAUCAAGAAGAGCCCCCUGACCAUCUGCUACCCUGAGUACACAGGCUCCAACACCUACGAGGAGGCAGCAGCCUACAUCCAGUGUCAGUUUGAGGACCUGAACAGGAGGAAAGACACCAAGGAGAUCUACACCCACUUCACCUGUGCCACCGACACCAAGAACGUGCAGUUCGUCUUCGACGCCGUCACGGACGUCAUCAUCAAGAACAACCUGAAGGAGUGUGGCCUCUACUGAGCGGGGCCUGGGAGCCAGUUUCCACGAGGAGUUUUGAGAAGCUGAAUCUUUCCUGCCUCAGGGUGAGAGCUGCCAGCCUGGAGAGAGAGAGAGAGAAGGAGAGAGGAAGAGAGGAGCAGGGGGCAGGAGAGCAGCAUGCAGAACCCCUCUCAUUCUUUAGCACAAAUCUUCUCUGGUUAGGGACCUUUAGUGGUGAUUGCU